AAAAAAAAAAAAAAUACAAAAAGAAGAGAGAGAAAAAGAAAGGAAAGCAAAACCAAACAAAACAAAGCUGUAACAACAACCGCAACAACAAGCAAGAAGUGUCUGUGUGCCAAGUGCUAGCUUUAAAUUAUUGUUGGUUGCGGCACUUUUUUGGAAAUUAAAUUAUGUUAAGUGCAUAAAUCGUUCGUCGCAUCAGCAGCGGCAGCAGCAGCAGCAACAACAAUAACAACAACAAAAUAAGCAACAACAGCAGCCGAAGAAGUAAAGUGAAACGCCAAGGUGCAAGCACAAAUUUGUUGCAGUGCCCAGAGAGCUGAAGAACUAAAUAAGUUGCAAUGUGAAGAGCGCUCGUGGGACAAGUGAAAACUGCGCGGUAGCCCAAGGAGAAGUGAAAAACGUGAAGAGCACAAACUCGCUGAGCGCUGUCAGAAAAGUUGUCAAGGAGCCCAGCCAGUAGCUAGCAGGAGAAGCAGCUGCUGUGACGAUUGACAACACAAAAACAAAAGCAGCCACGGCGAGAGUUUGACAAGUGGCACAAGUGGCAGCAGCGCCCAAAAGUACGCAGCUACUUUCUUCUUCUUCUUUUUUUUGCAGCAGCAGCUUAGGACAUUUUAUUUUCUCGUAUUGCUGUUGUUGUUUGGUGGCCCAAAAGUGAAGAAAGCAGGAGACGCACAGAGACCACCCACGCAGCCACACAGUCGAUGGCCGCGUAGCUUUUGUAUGCGGCUCGCAUGCCGUGGCAACAACAGCGUCAAUACCAAUACCAACAACAACAACAACAACAACAACAGUCGAGGCAUUACAGGCACUAUGUGCUGCCCAAAUAGCGCAACGGAAUAGAGCAUCGGCAAGGACAUAGCCAAACACUCGACAGCCGAAAGGAAAGGAGCAGCUGGCAUAGUGCAGCACAUGUGUUUUUGUGAUGCGACAAGGACACUUCAAGUGCCGCCAACACACUUAAGCACAGUCCAACCAGCAGCAGCAGCAGCAGCAACAACAAUUUCAGUCAGCAGCAGCAACGUCUCUAGCAUUAGCUUAAAACAGAGAACAGACAGUCUUCAAUCGCAGCAUGCGCAAACAUAAAGCGCCGCCCGGCGGCCACCCAAUCAGUUCUAAUUCCAAUUCCAGUCCCAGUUCCGUGACAAGGACAAUGCCAACAGUGCACAACGACACAAACGCAGCAGGCACGACAGCAACAGCAACAGUGAGAGCAACAGCAAUCGCAACAACAGCCACAUCAACAACAGCAGCAGCAACAGCACUCGAUAUGGAGCAGCAGCGGAUGUUGCUGGGCCAUGCAGCUGUUGACAGCGCUACGCCAGCAGCAGCAGCAACAGCUGCUGCAACAAGCCCAACUAGUCGCCUUGCAACACCAGCGGCCACCUGUCAGCAGCGAUCUGCAACAGUUCGAGUAGCCAACGGCAAGGAACGGCCGCGAUAUACAGUCCAGCUCAUGUCCUUGCUGCACAUCGCCAGCUAUGUGCUGUGCCUGUGUGCGUUCAGCUUUGCGCUCUAUGCGAAUGUGCGGCAGACGCGUGUCGAGCAGCGACUGCAGCGCCUGCAGGAGCUGGACGCACGCAUUGUCGAGCUGGAGCUGCGCCUGGAGCAGCAGCAAUUGCUGCACUGGCCCGCCGACCAGCCCCAAAUCCUCUCCAGCCCCAUCAGCAGCAGCAGCAGCAGCAACAGCGAUAGCAACAGCAACAGCGAGAAUGGCACAUCUUCGCACCUCGUGUUACAUGUGCGCCGCGAGCUACAUCGUCUGCGUCGCGACGUCUCCCACCUGCAGCUGACGCGACGUCAGCAGCGCCGACAGGCGGCCGAAGCGGCUGCAGCAGCGGCAGCAGCGAACCUCGGAGGCAGCCCAGCGGCCAAUGGCGAGUGUCAGUGCCAACCAGGUCCACCCGGUCCACCUGGACCGCCCGGCAAGCGAGGGAAGCGCGGCAAGAAGGGCGACCCCGGCGAGAAGGGCGAGGCGGGUCUCAAUGGCAUCAGCGGCGAGAAGGGCGCGGCCGGCAAGCCCGGCGACAAGGGCCAAAAGGGCGAUACCGGCCAUCCGGGCGUCGACGUCUUCCAAACGGUGAAGGGCCUCAAGAGAUCGGUGACAACGCUGCAUGGCGGCACCCUUGGCUAUGCGGAAAUUGUAGCUGUUAAGGACUUGCAAGAAGCGGGCGUUAACGUCUCCGCUUCGACGGUCAUACAGCUGAAGGGUGAGCCGGGCGAGCCUGGUCCGCCGGGACCGCCGGGAGAGCCGGGCGUAGCGGGCGUGCCGGGCGAGCGUGGACCACCAGGCGAAACUGGACAGCAGGGACUACAGGGUGAGGCCGGACAGCCAGGCCCGAUUGGACCGCCCGGUGUGCCUGGCGCACCUGGCAUGAAGGGCGACAAAGGCGAUCGCGGUGAUCGCGGACUCACCACAACCAUCAAGGGUGACGAGUUCCCAACGGGCAUCAUCGAGGGUCCGCCGGGACCGCCCGGACCACCUGGCCCGCCCGGAGAGCGAGGAGAGCCCGGACAGAUGGGACCCAUCGGACCGGCCGGACCGCCGGGCGAGAAAGGACCACGCGGCAAGCGGGGCAAGCGGCUAUUUGGACCCGGCGGCGCCAAGCUGGAGGACGACUAUGAUGAUCCGCCCGUCACACUGUUGCGUGGCCCACCCGGACCACCGGGCGCCGCGGGCAAGGACGGCCGCGACGGACGUGAUGGCAGCAAGGGUGAGCCCGGAGAGCCAGGUGAGCCGGGCUCCCUGGGCCCACGUGGCCUGGACGGCCUACCGGGUGAGCCGGGCAUUGAGGGCCCACCUGGCCUGCCCGGCUACCAGGGACCGCCCGGCGAGAAGGGCGAUCGCGGCGAUAUUGGUCCACCUGGUCUGAUGGGACCACCUGGCCUGCCCGGACCACCAGGCUAUCCAGGCGUCAAGGGCGACAAGGGUGACCGUGGCGAUUCGUACCGCAAAAUGCGACGCAGGCAGGACGAUGGCAUGUCCGAUGCCCCGCACAUGCCGGCAAUUGAAUAUCUUUACGGACCACCUGGUCCUCCCGGUCCCAUGGGCCCGCCCGGACACACUGGCCCACAGGGCGAGCGCGGCCUGGACGGACGCAAGGGCGAUCCUGGCGAGAAGGGACACAAGGGCGAUCAAGGACCCAUGGGCUUACCCGGCCCAAUGGGCAUGCGUGGCGAAUCGGGACCCUCCGGUCCGGCGGGCAAGGCUGGCAUUCCGGGUCCGCCUGGCUUGGAUGGCAUGAAGGGCGCUCAGGGCGAGACGGGACACAAGGGCGAGCGCGGUGAUCCAGGAUUGCCGGGCACCGACGGCAUACCCGGACAGGAGGGCCCGCGUGGCGAGCAGGGCUCACGCGGCGAUGCUGGGCCGCCGGGUAAGCGCGGACGGAAAGGAGAUCGCGGCGACAAGGGCGAGCAGGGCGUGCCCGGACUGGAUGCGCCCUGUCCGCUGGGCGUCGACGGACUGCCGUUGCCUGGCUGCGGCUGGCGUCCGCCAAAGGAGCCUAUCGUCUCAACGCCCAUGCACAAGGAUUACUUGCCGGAUGUGACGCAGCCGGAGAGCAAUGCCAGCGACUACGAGCAGGAGGACGAGGACGAGGAGGACCAGCCGGAGGAUAAUGAAAACGAAUAUGAUGAAUAUCAGGAGCAUUUGCAUAACAAUGACUAAAACGGAAACAGCCAAGCCCAAAAGCGACAAAGGGCAAACACAAACACAAAUGCAAACACAAACACAAACGCAGACACUGAAACAUAACCAAAGCAAAUAGAUCCUUAAACACACCCGUACCCACACACAAACACACACAGACACACACACACACACGCACUCACACACAUACAGUUAGACAUAUACGCACUAGCGACUAGUUAAGCAUUUCCGAUUUCCGCAGCUGACUUGGCUCCGUUUCGCUCACUGUUGACACAUGCAAUUAGCGCUAACCGAUGCAGAGCGGCUGCUACCCCUAAUGGCUAACUGUAGUUGAUUCUAUUAGCGUACACACUGCUCACUCUAACCCACACUCACACACACUCACACACCUACACACACGUAGCUUGAACGUAAAUGGCUUGGCUUGGCUUCGCUUGGUGCUGGUAUUUCGAGGUGAAACAUACGCUUGGCUUUGUUUCGUCCUUCCUUCCUUCAUUUUUUUCCGUUUUGGUAACAAGAUUGGCCAUUUUUGGUAUACAUAUAUGUUUCGCCCC